AUGGCCCCCAAAUGCCCAUCUUUGCUCCUUCCUCAAACGAAGAAGCCAAGAGCAGCUCCUGGCCCGAGGCCGGCGGACACAUUGGCCUCUCGGGGUUUGUUGACGGGAGAAAAAGAACAACAAGAAGCAAUUGAACAUAUUGAUGAAGUACCGAAUGAAAUAGACAGACUUAAUGAACAAGCCAGUGAGGAGAUGUUGAAAGUAGAACAGAAAUAUAACAAACUCCGCCAACCAUUUUUUCAGAAGUCAGAACUGAUCGCCAAAAUCCCAAAUUUCUGGGUAACAUUUGUCAACCAUCCACAAGUGUCUGCACUGCUUGGGGAGGAGGAUGAAGAGGCGCUGCAUUAUCUGACCAGAGUGGAAGUGACAGAAUUUGAAGAUAUUAAAUCAGGUUACAGAAUAGAUUUUUAUUUUGAUGAAAAUCCUUACUUUGAAAAUAAAGUUCUCUCCAAAGAAUUUCAUCUGAAUGAGAGUGGUGAUCCAUCUUCAAAGUCCACCGAAAUCAAAUGGAAAUCUGGAAAGGAUUUGACGAAACGUUCAAGUCAAACGCAGAACAAAGCCAGCAGGAAGAGGCAGCACGAGGAGCCAGAGAGCUUCUUCACCUGGUGUACUGACCAUUCUGACGCAGGUGCGGAUGAGUUAGGAGAGGUGAUCAAGGAUGAUAUCUGGCCGAAUCCAUUACAGGACUACUUGGUUCCUGAUAUGGAUGAUGAAGAAGGGGAAGGAGAAGAAGAUGAUGAUGAUGAUGAAGAAGAAGAAGGCUUGGAAGACAUUGAUGAGGAAGGCGACGAGGAUGAAGGGGAGGAAGACGAAGAUGAUGAUGAAGGGGAAGAAGGGGAGGAGGAUGAAGGAGAAGAUGACUAAUAGAAAACACUGAUGGAUUCCAACUUUACUUUUUUUUUUUUUUUUUAAUUUUCUCCAGUCCCUGGGAGCAAAUUGCCGUCUUUUUAUUUUUUCCCUCUUGUGCUCAGUCUCCCUGUUUUUGAGGUCUCUUUUCUCUACACCAUGGUUCUCACCUUAUUGUGGGGAAAAUACCUGAAGCAAAAUACAAUGGGAAAAGAAUCUCUACCCCUUUCUGUUCCAAAUUCAUUUUAUCCCUCUUGUCUCGACAAAAACUGUAUGGAAUCAACACCACCGUGCUCUGCGGGAAAAAGAAACCCUCCUGCUCCUGGCUCUGCUGGAAGCUGGAGGGUGCCAGGCCCCUGUGUGGUAGUGCAUAGAAUUCUAGCU